CAGGCACGAACCAGACACAGUACCGUCAAAUUUCUUGCUAACAAUAUCCAUGGGGGACGAAACGCCCCUCUACCAUCUCGUUCAAUCCUCCUUGUGGACAGCGGCUGUAGAGGCCGACACGGAAUAUUUCCCUCCGACAUACCAGCAGGACGGCUUCACCCACGCCACGGCCGACCCCGCCUCCCUCCUUCCCAUCGCCAACCACUUCUACACCUCCAUCCCUGAGCCUUUCCUCCUCCUCGUCCUCCUCCCCUCCCUCCUCUCAGCCCCGGUCAAGUGGGAGGCAGCUGCCCCUAGGCGUUGA